UUCGCCGCGCCCGUGUCAUGUCAUUGUGCCUACUUACACGUUGACAAAUUUCUCGUAUUUACGCUAUAAUCUUAUCAGAUUUCUACCGUUCCAGUGCAUUUUGUGGUACAUUUUAAGUAAUUAACAAUGUCUUCCCCUGAUGAAAGUACUCAACUGAAGGCAGGACACCCUCCUGCAGUUAAGGCUGGUGGCAUGAGAAUCACACAGCACAAGACUCCUCACGCCAACCCUAAGGAACCAGCAAAUGAAGACUUGACCGGCCUUUCCGGGCCAUCUCCAGUUCCGUCCAACCCAGUGUCCAUCGCGGGGGCACCAAACCGAGGGAAUGCUGACUUCACUCCGGUAGCAGCUCAGGUGGCUCACAGUCCGAAGCCUCCCGCUCACAUUAACGUUGUGCCAAAACCCAAUAUCCAACAACCAAGGAAGUAGACACAUUGGACUUCUACGAAUGGGCAUAUCAACAUCUCUCAGUUUACCAUUAGGUGCUCUAUCAAAACGGCACAGGAAUGAUAUUUUAGACUGAAACACUUGUACAAACAAUAGUUACAUUUUCAUUGUGGC